GGCCCAGUGGCCUCGAGGGACCUAGGGGGGCAGGGGGGUACCCAGUUCGCACCCACUCAUUGGCACCCAGGGCACCCGGGCUCCUGCUGUCCGCCCGCAGCGGAAUGCGAUCGUGAACCUCCAACUCCGACAACCCAUGUCCUCCAACAGUUCCAAGAACAUCACGGCCAUAGUGCCUUUUCAUGCCAACUUUAUCUCACAUCGACUAUCCCCCCCCGAACAACAGCACGGCGGACCUCUUGCACUCUCUUUACUCGCUUCUUCCUGGUGUCUUGCGUUUCCGCGUCCAAGAUACUCUGCAUUUCACCCGUCUCACAGUCACAGCUGGCCUGCUGACUGAGAAUUCGGGGCCUCCCGUCUAAGCAAAGCAAUUUCUGAAUCUCUCCCUGUCCACGUACGCAGUUGUCCGUUGUCCGACACCCCCCCUACGACUUCUGUCUGCUGUGCACGAUACAAAUCGCUGCCGCCAUUGGGAUCGCCAUGGUCUAAACUACGUUUUUCGUCGACAUCUCACGCCAUGCCGUUGCGGACUCUACUGCCGUCGAAGCCUGCGUCAGGUCCUCCUCACCGAAGACACAGCAGUAUCGUCGAAGAUCCCCCCUCGACUUCGGCCAGCAGCAAUGUGCCGUCCACUCGCACCCGCAGCCGUGGUAGUUCAUUGAAGAGGCUGAGUUUGAGUUUGUCGCGGACAAACGAAGAACCCUUCCCGCCAUUUUUGACACAGGAUGUUGAAGGACUGCCCUCCCACCAGCCCCCCGUCCAGCCUGAUGUACCCUUCCACCAACCCGACCCUCCAAAAAGUGCCAGCUCUCCAGCGACCAGAUCAUCCACGCGGAUUGAAGGAGGAGGAAGAAGUCACGGGCUUCAAAAUGAUCUCAGCUCUGGUCCUCUGCCCAUGCCUCAAAGGCUGUCACUCUUGGGAUUGAGGCAUGCGUCGGACCCACAACUGUCUACCAGAUUUAAGAAUGAGGAGAUCAGUCCCUCGAAUGAAGUACCUCCGCCUACAAUCAUCACAACCGCGCCUACGACGAAUGAAUUCGACGAGCCUGUCCAGAAGCCAUCCAAACGAAGAUUGUUUGCCCGAGCGCCGAGUCCAUUUCGGAAGAGUCACAGUUUUAGACGGACUAUUCUAGACCCUCUGAAAGGUACAGCUACAGAAGACGUGCAGGACGAGAAGGGGAACUUGACGAAGCGCGGAAUGCUUAAAGAAUCCACCUCUUUUGAGCGUCUUCCGCGGCCCAAAACUGGUCAUUCUGGCGCAGAGCCACCUGCGUACGGUGACGAAUCUUCGUCCUCGCUGGCUAUCCCCAUUACGAGACUCUCGGAAUCGUCUCGAUCGGAUGACAGUUCUGGUGACCACCACGUCUACGCAAAGACUACCACUACACACACCAUCUCCACCACCACCACCUUUUUCAAACUCAAGAGGCGCAAAAAGAACAAAGGCCCGCUUUUUCCACUGCCUGAAAAGUUUGCAACACCUGCCUCUGGCCGAACCACGACCUCGCACACCCCCCAGGAGUCCCUGAUCGGGAGGAAAUCAAUGUCGCCAAGUAGGAGAUCAAACACGGCGGUCAGAUUUGAUACUGAGCCAAGUCGACAUGGUUCUGCAGUUCCCUCACCGACUCACUCUGCUGUGGCACUUACCAACGCUCCGUUCGGGUCACCAGGAGCCACCAUCGUACGGCAAGACUCCAAUUGGUCCACCCACUCCGGUCAAUCAACUCCAUCGGUGACACUCGUGCCUCCGCGAGUAUCGGGGAGAGGAAGAUCUUCGACCCUAAGUUCGCUAGGGAAAUCGACUGAGAGGCUAUCUGACACAGGUCCUCAGCCAGCAUCAACGCGAACAUCGACAUCCACGAGUGGCAGAAGAAGCUUUGGCGACCUGUUAUCUCUCCCUCACAGGUUACGGCAGAAUUCUGCGCCACCUACGCGCCCAGGUGCCGGCUCAGUUCCCGGAACGCCGGGCUCCAAAUCCAACUCCUUGCAUAUACCUCGAGAGCCAGAACCAGAGCGAGUGUAUCCCAAACGAGAGGAUGGCGAUACGCCAGCUAGUUACCUGGAAAAGCUCGAUGCCGCAGUUCCCAGAAGCGCGAUGGCAUCCAUUCUUUGCAAGAGCGCCGACGACUUCUCCAAAACCUGCUUGCGCAAGUACAUGCGCGGCUUUUCCUAUUUUGGCGAUUCCAUUGACAUGGCGAUCCGGAAAAUGUUGAUGGAGGUGGAGUUGCCCAAGGAAACUCAACAGAUUGAUAGACUCCUGGCCGGGUUCGCGGACAGAUACUAUGAAUGCAACCCGGGAAUCUUCUCCUCGACGGACGAAGCUGCUUUUGUUGCGUUCUCCAUCCUUCUCCUUCACUCAGACACUCACAACAAGAACAACAAACGAAAGAUGCAGAAACAAGAUUACGUCAAGAAUACCCAACAAGGGCCGGUGCAGAUCUCGAGUGACAUCCUGGAUUGCUUCUACGACAAUGUGUGCUACACGCCCUUCAUCCAUUUCGAAGACGAGGUCGCCGUCAACAGCCACCGUCUCUUGGCGCCUAAGCCAAAGAGAAGCUUGAUCAAGACUAGAAGCCUCGAGAGCCUCCGCGGUCCGGUUGAUCCGUACACCCUGAUUCUGGACAAUAAACUAGACGUCUUGCGGCCAUCUCUAAAGGAUGUCAUGGAUACAGAGGACUGUUAUUGUUCCACGGGGACAGCAGGCGUUCUCGAAACCGAUCACCACCAUAAAGCCUUUGUGAACUCGGCCGUGCUGCAAAUUGUGUCUGCAAGGUCGAGGCCCGAUGCUUUCUUAUCCCAAGCCACCAUCAGCAACCCUGGUGAAGCGCAAGCUGGCCUGGUCAGUAUCAAGGUUGCCAAAGUGGGGUUGCUGUGGCGCAAGGACCCGAAGAAGAAGAAGGCCAAGCGCCCGUGGCAGGAAUGGGGUGCGAUCCUGACCGACUCGAAGCUCUACUUCUUCAAAGACGUCGGGUGGGUCAAGAAACUGAUUGCGCAGUAUGACACACAUUCCAAGUCCACCAAUAGAUCUGUUCCUCUCGUCUUUAAACCGCCACUCACUUCUUUCGAGCCUGACGCGCUGAUGUCUAUGGACGACGCUGUGGCGUUACUGGAUUCGAGCUACAAGAAACACAAGAAUGCCUUUGUUUUUAUCAAACACGGAGGUUUUGAGGAAAUAUUCCUGGCUAACAGCGAGGUCGAAAUGAAUGACUGGAUUGGCAAGCUCAACUAUGCAGCCACUUUCCGCACCGCCGGCGUGAGGAUGCGGGGGCUGCUAGGAUCGAACUACGAAGGCCGUCAUCUCCUUCGAAAGGACUCUGAUUUCUCCAGCAAAAGCGGAGAUACUCCGCAGAAAGACAAGAAGGCCGACCCCCAGCUGGCGUGGGAAAUUAUGUUCUACCGCCGGCAAUUGAUCAACGAGAAAAUCAGCGAUUUCGACGAGAGGAUCGCGGUGGCUCAAAAGGAACUCGACCAUCUCCUCCGCAAUGCACGGCACCUGCUCAUCCUGCUCCCCAUCCAGCAGAAGACUCGUGAAUUUCUUGUGCUGGCUGCCGGCCGGAUGUCUGCCAAGUUGAAGUGGACUAGGGUGGAACUUUGGAGAACGAGGACGCAUCGAGACAUUCUGUUCAAAGACCUCGAAGAGGAGGGCGCCACCGCGUUCCCUGCUCCCAAGGCGUCGUUGGCGUCGACGCCUCAGAAGACCACUCCUCUGAAGACGGGCCAAGCAGAUCUCGGACGAACCAUCACCGACACGAGCCACGUCACCUUGUCACCGAUCAGUGCUACUUCGUCGAGACCGUCCAACAUCAUUGAUAAGCUCAAGACGUCAGAAAAUGUCAGCAUGCGGACUGACCAAAGCACGGUCGACCUUCCAUCGGCCACCAGCCCAUCUCUGUCCGCGGAGCCGUCUCUGUCGAGGCACGAAAGCAUUCAAGAUUCGCACAGUCUGUCACACCAAGUUUCGACCACCAGCUCCCGCCAUAGCCGAGACAGAGACCGGCUCGCACGUGGGGCGGACGACUCUGAGGAACGUGUCUUGCGUGAAGCAGGGCUGAUGCAUGUGGACGGUAACGUCGCCCGGGAUAGAAGGCCCGACACCAGUGAGUCCGAAAGGGAUCGGGUUGGCGCAAUGGCGGGUGCAACUGAGCCUUCGUCCAAGACGGGAAGUGUCCGCCGAAGCCUACAACGGAGCUUGCGCGAGCCGCAUCAUCACCACCAUCACCAUCAUCUUCACCAGUCACCCAGCGUCCAUCGCCAUAAGAAGGGUAAGGAGUCGGGCUCUAGUUUGGCUACGACAGAGGAUGGAGGCAAGUCGGUGCACGGCGAGGCCGAAGAAUUGAAGCGCGGCACCGGCAGUUUCAUUCUGCAUGGCAAGAAGGCCAGUGUCAUUACCAUGUCUCCAGAAUGGCAGCAUAUGUCUAACGAGGAGAGGCUGAAGCUGAGAAAGGCCGAGCGGGAAAAUGAAGAGGCGGUCGAUGACAAGGCUCCAGUGUCUACCACGUCCCUCAACGGAGAUGUGACUCUGAGGACGGCAAGCAAUGCUUCAUCGACGCACGAAGAGGACUGGGAUGAUCGGUUUCGGUCGCCGGAUUCGAGUCGGAAGCAAAGCUUUGCGACCACGUCGGGGGAACAGUUUGUGGACGCGGAAACUGGCGAGGGCGAUGAUGCGGCAGACGCGGCUUGUGGAGUGGAAGCUGGAAAAACAUGAGGCAAGGCUCACACGAGACUUUUCCUGGUCGCGAGGAGGGAUCCUGGGAUUUUGGGGGGUGGACCGGGCAAAGGAUGAUUGUCACGACUAACGGAUCAUGUUCAAAGGGCACGACUUUAGAGAAAUGGGCAUACCAAAACACGGACGCAGACCAUGUAACGCUUAUUGGGGAUCUGGCGCAGAUGAGACGGGAUAGAUGAGCAUCAGAUGCAGCGAGUCCUUGUUGCUGUGAUUUGAAUGGGAAAAAGUAUUUAUUCUUCGUCGCAUGCUGGGUGUAUGGACUCUCUCCCUGUACCUCCUACCUCUACGC